AGUCUGCACUUCCUCUCAGGAGCUAGGUGCGUAUCAUUGGAUCAGUAGCUGCUGCCUGCCACACUGUCCAAUCGAAUCUAGGGAGAGAAAGAGACACAGGGAAAGGGAGAGAGAGAGGGAGAGAGAGGCUGCGAGAGAGUGAGAGAGAGAGAGAUGGGGGAGGGAGGAGAAAGAAAGGAAGAGAGGGAGAGAGGGAGAUUGAUUAUUUGAACGUCCUGGGCCUUGCAUUCCUUGGAGGAACACAUUUCUACUUCAUCUAAAACGUCAUUUUUUCUCUCUCCUUUACACUUCCACCUUUUCUCAGACUGAAGGCUUGAGGCUUUGUUUGUUUUUCUCUUGUUUCUUUUUUUGGGUUAUUCUCACCCAGGAGACGUACCAACGCCACCAGCAGCCGGAGCAGCAGCAGCAGCAGCAGCAGAGGCAGCAGCAGCAGCAGCAGCAGCAGGAGAGGAAUAUCUCCCAAUAUCCCAUCCCGGGCACGUCGGAUAAGCUGCAGCAGCGAAAACACGAGGCGAAUAUUGCGGUGGAACGGGAACGAGAACAUGGUCCGCGGGAUUUCAUACCUUUCGUCCUGGCUGGGAGGCACUUUGGGCUUGUUAUGGGGGUGACCGGAAGGAGAGAGUGACAGAGGAACAGUGAUGCUACUGUUUACAUAACGAGAGACUAACACACACACACUACACUCACACACACAUACACAUACACGCACACGUGCUCAAAUCGCCAGUACAGGACAUACACACUGGCUUUAAACACUUCCACACAUGCAUAUACACACACAGACACACAUUCAAGGGACUCGCUGACUGAGUCACCACACACUCAGAGGCACAGAACCACUGACUCACACGCAGGACCAAACACGCACACACUCGCACAAACACAAACAUACACAAGAGGGAAAAGGUUGUUUUUGGAAAAGCUAGGGUUGUGUGUUGUUUGUGUGUGCUAUGGGCCAAACUGAGCAGCAGCUGUGUGUGACUGUUGGAUACCUCUGAAGGGUCAACACAGCCGUAACCCUCACCCUUCCCCACUCCCCUUUUCCUCUCCUCGCAUUCCUAAUCUCCCAGCCACCCCUGGACGCACCAUUAUGUCCAAGCUGAGGACCAGGAGAACUCCCUCUCUGGGGUUUCCAUCCCUUCUCCUCUCCCUCUGCCUCUCCUUUUCCCUCCUUCCCAUCCCCUCCUGGGCACAGCAGACCGUGCCUGUCAUCUCUACAGCACAGGGCCGCAUCCGAGGCAUGUUGACCCCACUGCCCUCGGACCUCCUGGGGCCUGUUAUUCAGUACCUGGGAGUACCUUACGCAAGGCCUCCCACGGGAGACCGGCGCUUCCAGCCGCCAGAGCCUCCUCUACCCUGGCCAGGAAUACGAAACGUGACGCAGUUUGCUCCAGUGUGCCCACAGUCACUGGAUGAGAGGAGCAUGCUGGGAGAUAUGAUGCCCUCCUGGCUCACAGCGAACCUGGAUAUAGCGGCCACGUACCUCACUCACCAGAGCGAGGAUUGUCUCUACCUCAAUAUCUACGUGCCCACUGAGGAAGACAUCCAUGAGGAGGGGGGGCAGCGGCCAGUGAUGGUCUACGUCCAUGGGGGCUCGUACACAGAAGGCACAGGAAACAUGAUGGAUGGCAGCGUGCUGGCAAGCUACGGCAACGUCAUUGUCAUAACGCUCAACUAUCGCCUCGGAGUGCUGGGAUUUCUUAGUACAGGCGAUCAGGCAGCGAAAGGGAACUACGGCCUGCUGGAUCAGAUUCAGGCUCUGCGCUGGGUGAAGGAGAACAUCGCAGCCUUCGGAGGAGACCCAAACAGGGUCACGGUGUUUGGGUCUGGGGCCGGAGCGUCCUGCGUCAGCCUGCUCACUUUGUCUCAUUACUCAGAGGACCUGUUCCACAGAGCCAUCAUCCAAAGCGGCAGCGCUUUAGCAAGUUGGGCUGUCAACUACCAGCCCAGCAAGUACGCCCGGCAGCUCGGCGAGAGGGUGGGUUGCGGCAUUGACGACAGCACCCAACUUGUUGCCUGCCUCCAGGGCCGGAGUUACCGGGAGCUCGUCGAGCAGAACGUAACACCGGCCAAAUAUCACACGGCUUUCGCCCCGGUGAUUGAUGGAGAUGUCAUACCAGAUGACCCCCAGAUUCUGAUGGAGCAGGGAGAGUUUCUGAAUUAUGACGUGAUGCUGGGGGUUAAUCAGGGCGAGGGCGUGAAGUUUGUGGAGGGCAUCGUGGACUCAGAGGAUGGUGUCACGGCUGAGGACUUUGACUUUGCUGUGUCAGACUUUGUGGAUAGCUUGUAUGGAUACCCUGAGGGCCGAGACACACUGAGAGAGAGCAUAAGGUUUAUGUACACGGACUGGGCUGACCGAGACAAUGCUGAAACGCGGCGAAAGACCCUGGUAGCGUUAUUCACAGACCACCAAUGGGUGGCCCCAGCCAUUGCCACCGCUGACCUCCAUGCUCAGUAUGGAUCCCCCACCUACUUCUACUCCUUUUACCACCACUGCCAGAGCGACGCCACACCGCCCUGGGCUGACUCCGCUCAUGGUGACGAGGUGCCCUACGUGUUUGGCGUGCCCAUGGUGGGACCCACUGAUCUGUUCAACUGUAAUUUCUCCAAGAACGACGUGAUGCUGAGCGCUGUCGUCAUGACUUACUGGACCAACUUUGCCAAGACUGGUGACCCAAACCAGCCUGUUCCUCAAGAUACCAAGUUCAUCCACACCAAGCCCAAUCGUUUUGAAGAAGUAGCCUGGUCUAAGUACACCCCCAAAGAGCAGCUGUACCUCCACAUCGGCCUGAAGCCGCGCGUCAGAGACCACUACCGUGCCACCAAGAUCUCCUUCUGGCUCCAGCUGGUCCCUCAUCUGCAUCAUGUCAACGAGCUCCUCCAAUCAGUGUCCUCCUUCACGCAUAGUCCCUCUCCGCAGGAUGACACUCCUUACUCGUACACCAAGCGUCUAGCUAAAGGUUGGCCGCCCAGCAGCACACGCCAUCCAGGUUCGCAAGGAGGUACUCCACAGCCACCGGAGUCUGCUUUAGGCCAAGGUGGAGGGGAAGAGGGGGUCCGUGUACCGAAUGAGGACUACUCCACUGAACUCUCUGUAACGAUUGCUGUGGGAGCAUCACUGCUGUUUCUUAACAUCCUUGCUUUUGCGGCUCUGUUGUACAAGAAGGACAAAAGGCGUCUGGAGCACCGUCGGCCACGCCCACUUCCUCCCCCGAGGCGAGACAUUACAGCUGCGGAUGUUGCUGCCCACCUGCAGGGAGAGGGACUAAUGUCAUUACAGGUGAAGCAGCUGGAAUGUGACGCUGCCUCAGCAGAUGAGAGGAACAACGCUCAUCACCAUCACACCCUAGACACACUGGACGCUCUGGACGGUUUGGACACCCAGGACAUCUACAGCACACUGGACACCGUGCGCCUAACCUGCCCGCCUGAUUACACGCUCACCUUGCGCCGCUCACCCGACGAUGUUCCCCUCAUGACCUCUCUUACCCCCGGGUCACUGCCUGUGACCCCUGGGUCGCAUCCUGUUACCCCAGCGACGCCCAUGACUCCCAUGACGCCUGGAUCAGUGGUCGGGAUGAGGAUGGGGCAUCCGCACCAGGGAUACACACAUCAUAGCCCAUAUAGUAAUACACACUUGCCACACACACACAUCUCAACGCACACACACUCCACCACGCGUGUAUAACCGCAGCAAGAUACAGAGACAUAAUUAAAACACUUACAUACACACAUACAUACACACGUACAUACACACACUCACACACGCACACACAUAAAACAAAGGACUUAAAUACCUCUACUAAUUACCCUGCAGGAUUGUUACAGAUGGAGUGAGAGAGAGACGUUUUCAGUAACAGGAUGAAGAGACAGACAGCUGUGUGUUGCAUGUCGGGGGGAACUGAAGACAAGCGGGAUCCUGGGAGAUGCAGUUCUAUGCAUCAUUUGCUCUUAACCUGGAACAAGACGAGUCGAGACAUCCAUCAAGUGUCUCGAUUCCUGCUUUGGAUAUUAAAUCUUCUGCUUUUUCUACACCUGAGGAAGAAGAGGAGGAGUUCUGUGCCGCAAAGGGUCAGUUAUGGAUCAGUUUACAUCUCCUACUGUACCUGUGCUGCAGAGCUAAAGCAGUGCUGGGACAGAGCAGAGCAGACGCAGAUGCAGAACUGAGCUAAGAAGUACCACACACAGACUGCCGAUGUCAACUUGAACAACCUGUGAAAUGUGAAUGUAGCAUUUUUUUCCAUUAAAAGAUCAAAGGCCCUAUCUGCCAAGGAUCAAACUAAGCUGAGGUGAAAAUAACAAAUUUAAAGUGGGAGGAGGGUGUAAAAAUAAACAGACAGGAAGAGAGAGAGAUUAAAAAAACAACAGAAGCUGAAGAAAAAGUUUGUCAGAUGGUGGGAAAGAGAUUAGGAUUAUAUUGAGGGGGGAUUAAUCAGCUGUGAGAGCUAGAGAGACGGAGUGAGAUUGAGUGAUAUGGCAAACACAGGAAAGCAAAGUGUGCCAAGAGUCGGGAAUUAGCUUCAGAAGAAGAAAGGGCCUCUGAGGUGUCAUCAGACUUACUGAAGAAUCACUCUAACCAGCUAUGUGUUCAACUCUUGUAAAUAGAAUGGAAAGAUACAGAUGAUAUAUUAUGAUUUAUAGCAUUUACCUGCUCUUGCAUUAAAACAUGACUUAUUUAACCACAUUAUUGCUUUCAUUUCAGAUAUUUACUAUAUAAUUGUAUAGAUGUCCUGAAGCAAGGCUGGUUGUCUUUCUAUCUCACCCACUGUAGUAUGUACACAGUACCUUUAUUUAAAGGCUAUAUUUGCUAUGCACAGUCAUUUCAAUAAUUCUUAACUAUGUAAACAUCUAGAUACUUGUUUAGUAGUUAAAGUAUAAGACAUUUUCACACCACCCUGUCUAUUUGUUUGACCAUGGGGGAUGAUGAGCUAGUACUGUGUAGAUAAUGCAAUAAUGGUUUGAUGAUUGAGCACCAGCCAAAAAACCAUGACCCUUAACCCUUUAACCCUAAACCGUUCCUGUUCACCUUUUCUUCUUGUCUCUUACAUUUUUCUUGAAGGCCUUACCCUAAAUCUCUUGAAGAGAUAGUGUAAUUAAUGUCACCACAGAGAGAACAUUUAGGCGCUCUUUAGUCACAAUGUGCUACAAAAAAAAGGUCAAGAUUGCCUUUUUGUAUUUGUGUGACCUUUAAGUUUCACACCGUACACAGGCUCCAUUAUUUAAGCUUGAACUACCUAAUGCUGAAUGAAACUUCAAACCUUGAAAAGGCGUCAAAAUAAAUUUAUAUAAUAUAUAUAUAAUGAAAAUGUAAGUUCUCUGUCCUGGAGACUGUAAAGCAAACAACCCACCCCCCACACACACACAGAAAUGAACAAUUUUUUUUCGAAAGCCCUCAAUUCGGUGCUCUACCAAUCAAGAAUUUGUCAAUUACUUUGGGCCAAAUUUGAUUAAUGAGUUUUGGGUUAUAGCCCAAGAAGGAGUGAUCAUCUUGGCUUUGUAUGCUUUGCUUUGUUGGCCAACACACCUUCAGACAUAUUGCUUUUUGAACUAAUAUGCUCUUAAUGGAACAAUAUUUUUUGUAAUUACCCCGUUAAAGCUUCACAAAUUAAUUAUUGAAACUCCAUCAAACAUCUUGUGUAAAAAAUGAUUGACCUCUUUCAGACGAAAGUUGUACUGUUUUCUUUAGCUAACUUGGGAGAAAGGACACAUGGGUGGUUGUUACAGCUAUGUCAUCAUUGAAGGAUUUCCAACAUUCAUAAAGUCAAUUUUACCCAAUUCACAUGAUGGAGAUGUGGUGUUGUAAUAGCUGCCACUAAAAAUGAGAAAUACUCAAAUUCUGUUCAUGCGGUUGUUACUAUAAAGACAAACUUUAUGCCAACAAAACAACAUAACAACCAAAGGCCGUUACCCCUUUAAUUUUAACCUCCCUGGUUUACCCUUCUGUAUCCUAACAACCCCCCCCUUUCCCAACCCCUACCCUACCCCCAGCCUUAUCUGUGCAACUACAUGCAGCUUUGUCACAGUGAGGCCUAUUUAACCUCCUCUCAUCCUAAGUAACUUCUUCAUGAGAGAUUUUAUUUUAAUUGUCUACAGGAUAUGUGAAAAAUGAAAGCUGAAAAAUUUGUGGAUGGCAAGCAAAGAACUUUUACAAAAUGAUAUAAAAAUAACAUUUAAUGGAUGUUUGAUUGAAUAUUUCUUUUCAUAUGGGUUUAUUGACUCAGCGGAUGGCUGGAUUGUGUCAAGCAUAAAACAUUUCUGCUGCAUUUUUGAAAAAUAAAAAUAUCAGUAUUUUACAAUUUACGAGCAAUUUAAA